AUGUGCAAAGAAAAAAAUCCAGCUGUGCCGUGUGCAAAGAAAAUCAGUGGAGGGGAGUGGGAGCAGAUGGGCACCAGCCGCUGCGUGAAGGCUUUUUAUCUGACGCAACAUCUGAACUUUGAAGAUGCAGAGAAAGCCUGCCGCACAUACGGAGGUCAUCUGGUGUCGAUCCACAGCAAACAGGAGUUGGAUCAGGUGGUGUGCACCAUGUUCAGAGUCAGCCCUGAGAGGCCUCCUUACUGGAUCGGACUCAACUUAACAGUCCGCUAUGAAGAUUAUCUGGUGUAUGAUUGGACCGACGGCACUCAACACGAUUUCAGCUACUUUGCUUACAUGCAGCCAGACUUCCGUCAACAGGCCGAGAAAUGUGUCGAGAUCAACUACAACUAUUGGGGUCAAUGGAACGAUAUGUACUGCGCCGCUCCCGGAGGCUACGUGUGUGCAUUGACAGUCUGA